ACACAACGAUUCAUCAAACAAGAACCCUGUUCGAUUCCGAGAGGAGCGACUGUGUGAACAAAGGAGCUAAAACUUCUUGCAUCUUGGCGUGUGUGGCGAUUUCAAGAGCAAGCAACAAAGAGGAAAAUGGACAACUCUAAGAUGGGCUUCAGCGCCGGGCAGGCCAAGGGCCAAGCCCAGGAAAAGACCAGCCAGAUGAUGGACAAGGCCGCCAGCACUGCUCAAUCCGCAAGGGAUUCCAUGCAAGAGGCCGGUCAGCAGAUGAAGGCCAAGGCACAGGGUGCUGCUGAAGCGGUGAAGAAUGCCACGGGGAUGAACAAUUGAAGAGCUCCGUUAGGGAAUGAAUGAAUAAUUAAGUUCUGAUUAUGUUUUGGCUUCCUCUUUUUCUUUGUUUCUUGGUUGAGUGAAGAGGGCAAACUGUGUGUGUUUGGCGAGUUUACUCAUCUCGCUUCAUAAAAGUCUCAGGACGUAGUUUGCCUUUUGAGAAUGUUGUGUUCUCUCUCUC